AUGGAUGUCUCUCUUUGCCCAGCCAAGUGUAGUUUCUGGCGGAUUUUCUUGCUGGGAAGCGUCUGGCUGGACUAUGUGGGCUCCGUGCUGGCUUGCCCGGCAAAUUGUGUCUGCAGCAAGACUGAGAUCAAUUGCCGGCGGCCGGACGAUGGGAACCUCUUCCCCCUCUUGGAAGGGCAGGAUUCAGGGAACAGCAACGGGAACGCCAGCGUCAACAUCACGGACAUCUCAAGGAAUAUCACUUCCAUACAUAUAGAGAACUGGCGCAGCCUGCACACGCUGAAUGCCGUGGACAUGGAGCUCUACACGGGACUCCAGAAGCUGACCAUCAAGAAUUCGGGACUCCGGAGCAUCCAACCCAGAGCCUUUGCUAAGAACCCCCAUCUACGCUACAUAAACCUAUCAAGUAACCGACUCACCACGCUCUCAUGGCAGCUCUUCCAGACGCUGAGCCUUCGGGAAUUGAGACUGGAGCAGAACUUCUUCAACUGCAGCUGUGAUAUCCGCUGGAUGCAGCUGUGGCAGGAGCAGGGCGAGGCCAGGCUGAACAGCCAGAGCCUCUACUGCAUCAAUGCGGAUGGCUCCCAGCUCCCGCUCUUCCGCAUGAACAUCAGUCAGUGUGACCUUCCUGAGAUCAGCGUGAGCCACGUCAACCUGACCGUACGAGAAGGCGACAAUGCUGUCAUUACUUGCAAUGGGUCUGGGUCCCCCCUGCCAGAUGUGGAUUGGAUAGUCACUGGGCUGCAAUCCAUCAACACCCACCAGACAAAUCUGAACUGGACCAACGUCCAUGCCAUCAACUUGACAUUGGUGAAUGUGACGAGUGAGGACAAUGGCUUUACCCUUACCUGCAUCGCAGAGAAUGUGGUGGGCAUGAGCAAUGCCAGCGUUGCCCUCACUGUCUACUACCCUCCGCGUGUGGUUAGCCUGGAGGAGCCGGAGCUGCGUCUGGAGCACUGCAUCGAGUUUGUGGUGCGGGGCAACCCGCCACCAACGCUGCACUGGCUGCACAAUGGGCAGCCACUGCGGGAGUCCAAGAUCAUCCGUGUGGAGUACUACCAGGAGGGCGAGCUCGCGGAGGGCUGCCUGCUCUUCAACAAGCCCACGCACUACAACAAUGGCAACUAUACCCUCAUUGCCAAGAACCCUCUGGGCACAGCCAACCAGACCAUCAGGGGCCACUUCCUGAAGGAGCCUUUUCCGGAGAGUACAGAUAUCUUUGUCUUUGAAUCUGAUGUGAGCCCUACACCUCCUAUCACCGUGACUCACAAACCAGAGGAAGACACUUUUGGGGUGUCCAUAGCAGUUGGACUUGCUGCUUUUGCCUGCGUUCUCCUGGUGGUUCUCUUCAUCAUGAUCAACAAGUAUGGUCGACGGUCCAAAUUUGGGAUGAAGGGUCCUGUGGCAGUCAUCAGUGGUGAAGAGGACUCGGCCAGCCCCCUGCACCACAUCAACCAUGGCAUCACCACGCCCUCCUCUCUUGAUGCCGGGCCUGACACAGUGGUCAUUGGUAUGACACGCAUCCCAGUUAUCGAGAACCCCCAAUACUUCCGCCAGGGACACAACUGCCAUAAGCCGGACACAUAUGUGCAGCACAUCAAGAGGAGGGACAUUGUGUUGAAGCGAGAGCUGGGCGAGGGAGCCUUUGGAAAGGUUUUCUUGGCCGAGUGCUACAACCUCAGCCCAACCAAGGACAAGAUGCUUGUGGCUGUGAAGGCCUUGAAGGACCCCACCCUGGCUGCCCGGAAGGAUUUCCAGAGGGAGGCUGAGCUGCUCACCAACCUGCAGCAUGAGCACAUCGUCAAGUUCUAUGGUGUGUGUGGUGACGGAGACCCCCUCAUCAUGGUCUUUGAGUACAUGAAGCAUGGAGACCUGAACAAGUUCCUCAGGGCCCACGGGCCAGAUGCGAUGAUCCUUGUGGAUGGGCAGCCACGCCAGGCCAAGGGCGAGCUGGGGCUCUCUCAGAUGCUCCACAUCGCCAGUCAGAUCGCCUCCGGCAUGGUGUACCUGGCCUCCCAGCAUUUUGUGCACCGGGACCUGGCCACGAGGAACUGCCUGGUUGGAGCCAACCUGCUGGUGAAGAUUGGAGACUUUGGCAUGUCCAGAGAUGUCUACAGCACCGAUUACUACAGGGAAGGGCCAUGCCAGAAGGGCCCAGUCAGCGUGUCGUGGCAGCGGCAGAGGCUAGCAGCACCAACAACUUCCACACUCUUUAAUCCAUCUGGAAAUGAUUUUUGUAUAUGGUGUGAGGUAGGAGGACACACCAUGCUCCCCAUCCGCUGGAUGCCCCCUGAAAGCAUCAUGUACCGAAAAUUCACAACAGAGAGUGAUGUGUGGAGCUUCGGGGUGAUCCUUUGGGAAAUCUUCACCUAUGGGAAGCAGCCCUGGUUCCAGCUCUCAAACACAGAGGUCAUUGAAUGCAUUACUCAAGGUCGGGUCUUGGAGAGGCCCCGAGUCUGUCCUAAAGAGGUAUAUGACGUCAUGCUGGGCUGCUGGCAGAGGGACCCACAGCAGCGGCUGAAUAUCAAAGAGAUUUACAAAAUCCUCCAUGCUUUGGGGAAGGCCACCCCAAUCUACCUGGACAUUCUUGGCUAGUGGCAGCUGGUGGUCCAAAACCCAUACUCUGUUGCCUCCUCUCUCCCUGCCUCACAUCGCCCUUUACCACCUCACACCUCCUUUCUUCCUUCCCUGACUGAAGGGAACAUCUUCAUAUAAACUCAAGUGCCUGCUACACAUACAACACUGAAAAAAUGAAAAAAAGAAAAAAAAUGAAAGAAAAACAAAAC